GAGCGUCUGAUCACCUCACCGGUCUCUUCUCCGCUCUUCACCUUGCUCUAGCGGCCUGUCCACCCGCCGAUCAUCCCGCAGGCCACUGCACAGAACACCUUCCACCAUGGCCACCUCAGCAAGUUCCCACUUGAACAAAGGCAUCAAGCAAAUGUACAUGUCCCUGCCUCAGGGUGAGAAAGUCCAAGCCAUGUAUAUCUGGGUUGAUGGUACCGGGGAAGGACUGCGCUGCAAGACCCGCACGCUGGACUGUGAGCCCAAGUGUGUAGAGGAGUUACCUGAGUGGAAUUUUGACGGCUCUAGCACCUUUCAGUCUGAAGGAUCCAACAGUGACAUGUAUCUCAGCCCUGUCGCCAUGUUUCGGGACCCCUUCCGCAAAGAACCCAACAAGUUGGUGUUCUGUGAAGUCUUCAAGUAUAACCGGAAGCCUGCAGAGACCAAUCUAAGGCACAGCUGUAAGCGGAUAAUGGACAUGGUGAGCAACCAGCACCCCUGGUUCGGAAUGGAACAGGAAUAUACUCUCAUGGGAACAGAUGGGCACCCUUUUGGCUGGCCUUCCAAUGGCUUCCCUGGGCCCCAAGGUCCGUAUUACUGUGGAGUAGGAGCAGACAAAGCCUAUGGCAGAGAUAUCGUGGAGGCUCACUACCGAGCCUGCUUGUAUGCAGGAGUCAAGAUUACUGGGACAAACGCUGAGGUCAUGCCUGCCCAGUGGGAAUUCCAAAUAGGACCCUGUGAAGGAAUCCGCAUGGGAGACCAUCUCUGGGUGGCCCGCUUCAUCUUGCAUCGUGUGUGUGAAGACUUCGGGGUGAUAGCAACCUUUGACCCCAAACCCAUUCCUGGCAACUGGAACGGUGCUGGCUGCCAUACCAACUUCAGCACCAAGGCCAUGCGUGAGGAGAACGGUCUCAAGUAUAUUGAGGAAGCCAUUGACAAACUAAGCAAGAGGCACCAGUACCACAUUCGCGCCUACGAUCCCAAGGGGGGCCUGGACAAUGCCCGGCGUCUGACUGGAUUCCAUGAAACCUCCAACAUCAACGACUUUUCUGCUGGCGUUGCCAACCGCAGUGCCAGCAUCCGUAUUCCCCGGACUGUCGGCCAGGAGAAGAGGGGUUACUUUGAAGACCGCCGCCCUUCUGCCAAUUGUGACCCCUUUGCGGUGACAGAAGCCAUCGUGCGCACGUGUCUUCUCAACGAGACCGGCAACGAGCCCUUCCAGUACAAAAACUAAGUGGACUAGACUUCCGAUGAUCUUGAGCCCUUCCUAGUU